GGAGGAGGAGGAGGAGGCGGGAGAGGCUCCCGGAGGAGGCGGCGGCGGCGGCCGCCGGCGCGGGGCGGGCGGCGGCUCGCCGGGGCGGCGGGGGGGACACCAUGUCCAAGCCGGUGGAUCACGUCAAGAGGCCGAUGAACGCCUUCAUGGUGUGGUCGCGGGCGCAGCGGCGCAAGAUGGCCCAGGAGAACCCCAAGAUGCACAACUCGGAGAUCAGCAAGCGCCUGGGCGCCGAGUGGAAGCUGCUGACCGAGUCGGAGAAGCGGCCCUUCAUCGACGAGGCCAAGCGGCUGCGGGCCAUGCACAUGAAGGAGCACCCCGACUACAAGUACCGGCCCCGGCGGAAGCCCAAGACGCUGCUCAAGAAGGACAAGUUCGCCUUCCCCGUGCCCUACGGGCUGGGCGGCGUGGCGGACCACGAGCACCCGCACGGGCUGAAGGCGGGCGGGCUGCACGGCGGGGCGGCCGGCGGGCUGGUGCCCGACUCGCUGCUGGCCAACCCCGAGAAGGCGGCGGCCGCCGCCGCCGCCGCCGCCGCCCGCGUCUUCUUCCCCCAGUCGGCCGCCGCCGCCGCGGCCGCCGCCGCCGCCGCCAGCAGCCCCUACUCCCUGCUGGACCUGGGCUCCAAAAUGGCCGAGAUCUCCUCCUCCUCCUCCUCUUCCUCGGGCUCGGGGCUGCCCUACGCCUCCUCGCUGGGCUAUCCCGGCGCCGGCGGGGCGGGCGCCUUCCACGGGGCCGCCGCCGCCGCCGCCGCCGCAGCCGCCGCAGCCGCCGCCGCCGGGGGGCACACGCACUCGCACCCGUCGCCCGGUAACCCGGGCUACAUGAUCCCCUGCAACUGCAGCGCCUGGCCCGGCCCGGGGCUGCAGCCGCCGCUGGCCUACAUCCUCCUGCCGGGCAUGGGCAAGCCCCAGCUGGACCCUUACCCCGCAGCCUACGCCGCGGCCCUAUGACCCGCGGCCGGAGGAUGCCCGCGCCGAGCCCCGGCGCCCGUCCGGAUGGGUGCCGGUGCAUACGUGCGGCCGGGGAGGG